UCUCUCGUGUUUUUUCCACUUACAUUUUAGAUUUUCAAUUUCCCGAAAAAAAACGGAACACCAGUUUGUCUCUCAUUGAUUUUAGACGUUGCCUGGGGUACACUUCCAUGCUUUCAAUUUGACUAUCAAAAUUAUCGAAGUUGACCAAGCCACUUGAGGAUAGAUUUGCAUACUUUUGGUGUUUGAAGAGCUAUUCCAUCUGCCAAAAUGAAGGGACGUGUAAGAUGGAAUGAGGAUAAUAUUGGAGAAAUUGAAGCAAACAAGCCCGUGAGGCAAAAAAUCACUGAACCUAAGACCCCGUAUCAUCCUAUGAUUGAUGAUGACAGUUCUCCGUCCCCUGUACAAGGAGAUUUUGACGAAUAUAAUGGUGAUAAAGAUCACUCAGCAAAUGCUGAACAAACUGGUUUUAAGAAUGGGGCAUGUUGUAACAGAAAAGGAACUAGACAAUCUGAUGGCUGGACAUCAUCUGAGGAUGAGGCAGAAGAAACUGAAGAGGAUGAGGAAGAUAGAAGUUUGAGUUUUAAAGAGCACAGAAAGGCCCACUAUGAUGAAUUCCUGAAAGUCAAAGAGCUGCAACAAAAGGCUUCUCUGGAGGAUGGAAGUGACGAGGAUGAUAAUGCUGAGCUUACCAUCGAGGAGAAGAAAAAUGACUCAUCUUCUCCAAUGAGUGCUACGUGAAGGAGAAAAAGUGUCUUCCAAUCAAUGCCUACAACCAAAUGCUUCCUACAUGAUCAAAUAAAACCCACUCUAGUUUCAUCAGCCUUUGUGUAAGGCGGGGAUGGAAAUAACAGAAGGAUUUAUUGUAUUUAUUGUGUCUUUUGUGUGUAAAAUAUCUUUUCUUUUUUGUUUUUCACCGGUAUGUUCAUCUGAACUUGCAUGAUUCUUGUAGACUCUGUAAUAUGCCAAAUUAGAUUUCUUUUGGCAAGCGACAAACAUUCUGGUGAUAAGAUUAUAAGAGUGAUGAUUACGAAGAUGUAACACUCCAAACGUGACAUUUAAGUAAUUAAGGCUGCAUGAUUGGAUAAAUUA